GUACUCCUACAUCUCUCCCAUCCAUCAAACCGCCGCAACCUUCUCUGACCGAGCAGCUGCGAGCUCCAGCCCAAGUUCCAAGCUAGAAUCGCGGCGAUGGCACGGUCGGAGCUGGUCAUGGCGUUGCUGGUGGUGGUCCUCGCCGCCGGCUGCUGCGCGUCGGCGGGCGCCGUGGCGUACCUCUCCAAGCUGCCUGUGUCCCUCGACGUCACCGCAUCCCCCAGUCCCGGCCAAGUUCUUCACGCCGGCGAGGACGUGAUCACGGUGACUUGGGCCCUGAACGCGAGCCAGCCGGCCGGCAAGGACGCCGACUACAAGAACGUGAAGGUGAGCCUCUGCUACGCGCCGGUGAGCCAGAAGGAGCGCGAGUGGCGCAAGACCCACGACGACCUCAAGAAGGACAAGACCUGCCAGUUCAAGGUCACCCAGCAGGCCUACCCCGGCACCGGCAAGGUCGAGUACCGCGUCGCCCUCGACAUCCCCACCGCCACCUACUACGUGCGUGCCUACGCGCUCGACGCCUCCGGCACGCAGGUCGCCUACGGCCAGACCGCGCCCGCCGCCGCCUUCAACGUCGUCAGCAUCACCGGCGUCACCACCUCCAUCAAGGUCGCCGCCGGCGUCUUCUCCGCCUUCUCCGUCGCGUCGCUCGCCUUCUUCUUCUUCAUUGAGAAACGCAAGAAGAACAACUAAACUCGGAAGUCGGAACCGUGGCAAAGUGUUCGUCUUCGUCCGUGCGCGAUUUCUUCCUGUCCUUCGCAACCUACGCAUAAUUGUACGGAAAAAUGUACUGUACUGUACUAUAUGUAAGAGAUUGUUUGAUGUUCCCUUUUUCUUAUCCGGAGACUCUCGUAUAUAAUUGGUUAUGUUGUAAUACAACCGAUGGGCAUGUGUAGGAACGAAAACGUACGAGUUCUUCAUAUUUGUUUUCAUAUUUUAUUUUAU